GAAGAACAUGAUCUGAUUUGCCUCUCGUCCGCGUUCGCCAUCGCAGAAUACGUCGGGUCUCAUCCACAGCGGCAGGCAGUACUCGAUCUUCAACAAUGGCGCCGCUGUUACCGCAGGACCUCCUCGACCUCAUCCUCGAUCGCUUAGGCGCCCAGAUGGACUACGAGUCGUUAUGCAGAUGUGCGCUCGCACACCGAUCCAUGCGGGAGCGGAGCCAGCAACUGCUGUUCGCGGAGCUCAGAGUCACCGUGCCCGAAUUCGUCCCAGCGGACCAGAAUCGCCGGGCGCGCACCCUGCCCGAACGGCUGCUCGCUACGCUGGAGAAAACGCCCCGUCUCUCCCAAUAUAUCCGCAUUCUCCUCGUCGUGUCUGAACGCCCCGGAUGGGAUGGCCUCCCGGUCCUGCUUCACGGGCUCUCGCAAGAAAGCGCCCUCCCCAGGCUCUUGCCCGGACUACCUCUUCUGCACACGUUGAAGUUGGUGGCCUUGUCGGAUGACCGGGCGCCGGAGUUGGGAGACGCGCUUGUCGACGCGCUGUUGCGCACGAGCGUGGUGGAACUAGGCUUGCAUAACGUGCACGCUCCAGAUCGUCUCCUACGCACCCUUCCGCCUCGCCUUCGCCAACUCACGCUCGACGAGGUUAUCUGGGGUAAUACUGGGAUAUCCGAGAUGCCCCCUGACUCAUGCCAUGACCCCCUCAAACUUGUUCUGUACGGUGGAGAGAUUCCCAUUGAGUUUACGCUGAUCCCCUUCGCACGCACCAACACUAGGUGCAUCGUCGAUCUGGAUCUGACCUAUGUCGAACACUUGAAUGCACACGCAUGGAGAAUGUUGGCUAUUGAGCCGCUAUGGAAGCUGCAGUGCAUCACAUUCGGGUGUUAUCCGAACUUAGGUAUGUCAUCUUUCCGAGGCAAACAUCUGAUUCCGAUGCCUGCUAGUUGCGCCUGACAUGGGGAACUAUUUCGAAGAUCUGCGCGAACUGAAACUCGUACUAUUCGCCUUU